UCUACCACCUACGGAACCUAUCACUUUGACAUUGUAAGAAAAGUUCAAGGUGACAAUGAAGAGAGAUGGUAGUUACCAUCUUUGACGUACAGUCCAAUUACUUAACCACGAUUAUGGGUUUAACUCCAGGUCCUGUCACAUCGUUUCAUGUCACCCUUGGCUAAUCGGAAACAAACAACUCAAAACAUAUCUGUCGGAUUGCAUGGACCAUUCCAAGAUGCAAUGGUUAUUGUAGAGUUCGUUGCACACAAACAGAAUGACCUCAGGCUGAAAGGAGAUGACAACGGAGUUGCAAAUGCGUUUACCGGUCCCCAAUGGAAGACUUUUAACUCCGAUAAUGUUGUCCAGCAGGGCUUUUGGCUGCUUUUUGAAAAGAAUAAACGCAAACCACAUGAAGAUUUUAGCUACAAGGUUUUCAUAUUCAUCAGGAACCGAAUCUCUUUAUGGACUGAGACUAUCCCCCGGUGCACCAUAUACAAGCAUCUUCACAACAACCACCACCCUCGCUUCCACAAGAUACUCCCAAGCAACUUUGUUCUCCAACACAAACUGUACAACUACACCAACGUCAUUCUACAAUAUGGUCAUCUACAAUUUCAUGCCUCUAUUCAAAUAAAACAAUUUCCUAAUCAAGAACACACCUUCAGACUCCAACUGAUAUCUGAUUGGCAGGAUUUCCUUGACCAAACAGGCCUAACUGCACAGACAAAACUUCGCUUUGAACUUCUUACAACUCAUAAUGCAGCAGCGGGAAGUAUUUGCUUUGAAGUCUAUUGAAGAAUGUUCACCUUAAAGCUUGCAAUAAAAAUAACUUGUUCUUAUAGAAACAUUAGAACAAGACAUUCUAUUUGCUUCUACUUCUUUCCUAAUCUGUCGUCCAAGUUUUAUAUCUUAUGGGAACUUUUUUUAUUUAUCAGAAUCAGUUAAAACCAAA